AUGGGGAUGACGAGCGAGGGGAGCGGGGGGGAGGGGGGGGGGAGGAGAGAGAUGGCCAGCCACAUGCAGGCGGGCAUCAUCCUCCUACCCGUUCACCCGCCCGCUCGCCCGGCAUGGGCUCCUCUCCGCGUCGCUUGUCGGCAUGCGCCCCCCCUCCGCCUCUUCCCCCCGCGCGAUGCCCACCUCGACGUUGUCUCCUGCACUCUGUGGAGGAACACAUGGCUUAUAUGCCGGAGUGCAUGCGCGCGCACAUGCGAUCUCCCGACCAUAGACGGAGGUCGGUGCCGUGCGCGCGCGCGUGGCCCCCUCUGCUGA